AUGUGUUCUACACUUACCACACUUGAUCUCCAGUACAAUGCAACCGGCUCGGAAAGAAUAGAACAACUUGCAAAUGCUCUACAACAAAACAAAACACUCGCCAGAAUUUACUUCGGAGACAAUCUUAUUGAUAAUCAAGGAGCACAAUAUUUUGCUACUGCUCUACAACAUAACAAAACACUCAUCGAUCUCGAUCUUCAACACAAUCGAAUUGGUUCGCAAGUAGCUCAACAUCUUGCCAAUGCUCUCCAAAAAAACAAAACGAUUACUACACUAAACCUUCAAAACAAUCCGAUUAGUGAUCAAGGAAAGCAAUGUAUCAACGAAAUAUUGGAAAAUAAACUACAGAUAGGAUUACUUGUAUGA